AUGGGUUCUCGCCGCAGAGACCACUCGUUCAUGGACAAGCCUGAGUCAGGCUGGCUCCACGACGAUACUCCGCUGAGUGCAGGACAGGGACUGUUCUACAGCUUUCCCGUCGUGUAUGUGGGAUCCAUUGUCGUUUCGCAGUCCCUUCGCCCAUUGAGCGUCAUCGAUCAAACAGCGCUGAUGCGCGACCUGAUCCACACGGUUGCCACGCGAGUUGGUCUUCGCAAGCCGCAGUCACAGAUCUCGCCCGGGUAUCUGAGCAAGUACCUGUCUGGCCCCGUCACGCCUGCCGAGGUGGACGUCAACCUCAACAUCUCCUCCGACGGCCUCAUGAUCGUCCCCGUCCAGAAGGACGACACGGGCGACUACGUCGAAGUGGGGAUGCUGCAGUUCAGCCCCAUGCGGUUCAUUUCGCUGGCGGCGGGCGGCGAAGACGACGACUAUGAGCUCAUCUGCUACGUCGGCAAGAACGACGUCGGUCUCAGAGAGUGCUUCGUCUUUGAUUGCGGGCAACUGAGCGACGAAGUGUUGGAAACGUUCGGCCAGGCAUUCGUCCUCGCAAAUGGGUCGCAGCAGCAGAAGAAGAAGGACAACACAUAUGACCGCCCAUAUCAGGCCAAGGCUGCAGACAAGAGCAUCUACGAAAGAAUUCCAGCAGCCGACCCCACGUAUGCGUCGUUGAGCCGGGAGCAGCAGCGCGCACGCGAGCUGGACAACACCUACUUCGAAGUGGAUGACGACCAGUACAUCGUCACGGAGCCGUCCGUUCGCCGCAAGAAGAACCCGGUUCGUGUUGUUCCCUACGACAACCCCAGCAGCCUGCCCUCCGCCCCGCAGCGCAUCAAACACGACCACCCAUACGACAACCCGCAGGCACUGCUCGCGGAGAAUGUGUACGGCGAGCCCGACGAGCCCGGAUAUGGGGAGCCGUCGCUGCUGCCGGAUGAGGGGCAAUACGGCGAGACACACGCCCCGCAGCCGGACCUUGGGUACUCCAACCCAAUGUACACGGAGCCACAGCGGGAAAGCGACCCGGCCUACGACUCGCUGCCGGUGGACGAGAUCCGGUCGCAAUACCAGCACGUCGACGCCCUCCCGCCGCUUUCAGAUGACGAUCUUGAGGUUGAAGACAAGAGCGAGCUUGUGCGCAAACUCAACAACGUCGACCACAUUCGCCGCGCUGUUCGGGGACACGUGCCGGGGUACCUCGACGUCAAGGACGAGACGGGCGAUGUGCGCCCGGACCGGCCGGCGUGGAAGUACAUGCCCGCCAACAGCCUCAAGCGCGUCUCGCUGGAUGAGAUUGCUGCCCACAAGUGA